AUGCUGAAACAUAUAUACCUGCGAAUUAUGAUUACAAAGAAAGCUUUGAGGAACAAAUGUCCCAAUGAAUGUAGGACGAGAUGGAAAAUAGGAAAAGUGGAAAAACUAGAAUUUGAUCAUAGAGUUGCAAAUCAGCGUAUUGAGUGUGGUAAUAUGGAAGAAAAAACCUACAAACAAUUGGAUGACCAUCUGAAGGAUUGCAAUGGUGGAUGUCUUUACAAAAAAUGGUCAUCAUGCUUAGACACAGAAGCAGAUGUAGAAGAUUUAAACAAAUACAAACAAACUGUCAAAACAGGAUCAGCUUGGCCAUAUAUAUGCUGCACAUCUGUUACAAGUAGGGUACCAAAACGUGAAGACGUACACGAUGGAUGUGUAAAUAUGCAUAGAAGCAGAUUGGGAAAUGGUGAACAUAGCAGAGGUGGGGAUAAAGGUUGGGAUAAAUGUGGGGGAAAAUCAAAUGGAGAGGAAUUAUCCGAAAUGGACCCACCAAACGAAUCUCAUAGCGAAGCAUAUGGAGAAGAACGACCUGACGAACUUAAGUGCGUACUAUCAUAUGCGAGUAGCCAAGUAAUAAAAAGCUUACAUCUAAAUAAGGACUAUAUAAAGUGCAAAGAUUUCUUUAUGUCUCUCUCGUUAAUAUGCAACCAGUUAGCUAUACACCAAUUUGAUGACAAGACAUUUUGGAACAUCCUAAGUGUGAAAUUAACAGAAUUGUUAAACAGUGAAAAUAUACAAGCAAGCCUGUGUGUAAGAUGGCUAGCUUUAAUUUUAAAUUCUUUCGCUAGAGUACAAGUGGUAAAUAGAAAUUUCCUCAGACAGUCAUCGAUUUAUAUACAAAGUUGUAAAGAAGAAGAUUUACAUACAUUUGAUAUAUCACAAAUAGCAAACUGUUUUGGAAAAUUAAAUUACAGAGAUGAAAAUUUAUUUAAACAUAUGGAACAACUAAUACAGAAAAAAAUAAAUGAACUUAGUUAUCAAUCUAUUAGUAACAUAUGUAAUGCUUAUUGUAAGUUAAAUUUUUUAUUCCCGAAUUUAUUCUUUCAUUUAAGUAAAAAAAUAAAAAAAAAUAUGGACAAAUUUAAUGAACAAGAAUUGGCAAAUAUAUUAAAUUCAUAUUCCAAAUUAGGAGUAAAAAACUAUUAUGAUAUAUUCAACAGAUCUUUUCCAUUUGUAUAUUCAAAAUUUUACAAAUUCAAAGCAGUUGAAAUUGUUAUGAUAACUAAUGCUUAUGCAAAAUGUCAGAUUUAUGACAAAUUAUUUUUUUCUUAUUUAUUUACUUAUAUUAAAAAAAAUGCAAACCUUUUUGAGCCAUCUGAAUUAGCAAUACUUGCAAACGCAUAUGCAAAUUUCAAUUUGAGUGAAUUAAAAGUUUUUGAGAUUAUUAAAAAUAAACUAUUUAAAAGAGAACAUUUAUUGCAACCAGGAAAUGUGGCGAUGUUGUUACAUGCUUUUGGAAAAUUACAAAUACGAGAAGAACAUUUUAUUAUAAACUUGAUUAUGAAAAAGAAGAAUAUAAUAAAUUCUCUUGAUAGCCGAAAUUUGACACUCUUUUACGUCUCUUUAAUUAAGUUAAAUAUACACAUUCCCACAGAUAUAUGCACCCUUUUAAAACGAAAUAUAUUAGCAAAAUUGCACACAUUCACAGAUUUAGCAUUAGUAUCCAUAUGUUAUUCAUCCAUGUCUCAUACCUACUUUGAUAUUAACAUAGUCAGCUCCAUUCUUAUUCUGUUAAAUAAAAGAAAAGCAAAUAGUAAAUCAUUCGCACACCAAAUACAUGUCACUCUAUUUGUACUACAUUCUCUGUAUGAUUUUUUUCAUUUUUCCCUAAAAUUCCUCCACUGUUUAUAUAACCUCUUGAAUAGGGCAUAUCAGCACAUUACAAAACCUAGCUAUUAUGACAUUAACAAAUCAGCUAUUCAAAAAAAAAUUUUCCCUUUUUUCCCUCAAAAAUACCUGAACGUUCAGGCGGAAGUACCGAUUGGCCCAUUUGUCGUUGAUUUUUUACUCAAUCGGAAGCACCCACACCAUCAGACACCAGAGGGGGGGGGGGGAGGGAUAGGUCUAAACCAUCGAAUCACUGCAGAGAAAUCAUGCCCACACCUUCGUGGAAGGACCAGAGGACAAUUCUUCCAAUUUUGA